UCGGCGGAUUGUGAAACGAGAAAGGAAAGCAUGGCCGACGUGGAUUCGGGAUCUUUGCCGGUAAUCGCUGUCACUGCGGCUGUAGGCGCGAUCGUUUUGCUGCUAGGAUUAUUUUGCAGUGUCAUCAAGAGUAGAGAUAAAGGGGAACGUGAAGAUGAUAACAGUUCAUCCAACAAGAGUGAAAGCAAAGAGCAGUCCAGGGGAGAUAAGCAUAGCAAGAAGCAAAAGAGCCAGCCACGUUCCAAAAAAGCCCCUCAAGUCAUGUUUUCCCAUCCCUGGUUGUCAAGCUCACUGAAGGGUCAUAGUGGGCGUGUGUUGAGUUUCGAUUUUAGCUCCAAUGGAAAAUACUUGGCAACAGCUGCUGAGGACAGAACAGUUUUGCUGUGGAGUGUAAAAGAAUUCAACCAAAAAGAACACAAGGUGAUACGAGGAAAUGUUGAGUAUGACCACGCCACCCAUGUGAAGUUUAGUCCUGACAGCAGGGCAUAUUUGGUAAGCACCAGUGUUGAAAAUGCUCUACGUGUUUACAAAAUAGGCAAGAAAGAUGAUGGCUCAGCUGGAAACAUUACCAUGGCGGUUCAGUUUGAAAAGAAAAGCGAUGCAGAGAUUAUCAACAUUGGGAUUGCGAGCUCUGGGAAGUUCAUCAUGACCUGUCACAGUGAUACCACUAUGCUGAUCUGGGACCUGAAAGGUGAUUUGCUGGCAACCAUAGACACUCAUCAGAUGAACAACUCUCACGGCGCUUUGUCACCUUGUGGCAGAUUUGUGGCGUCAUCAGGCUUUACACCUGACGUGAAGGUAUGGGAGGUGUGCUUUGACAAGGGAGGUAACUUUAAGGAGGUGGCACGAGCAUUUGAACUCAAGGGUCAUAAAGCCGGGGUACAUAGUUUUUCCUUCUCCAGCGACUCGAGUCGAAUGGCUUCUGUAUCCAAAGAUGGAACAUGGCGAUUUUGGGACACUGAUAUUCGCUAUCAGAUGGGUCAAGAUCCAUACUUACUGUAUACGGGGAACUUUGAAAGUCCGCUCCACAGCCUUAUCUCCCUUUCUCCUGACGGCAGGACGGUUGCCAUCGCAGCGGACACGUCUGUCACUAUAUUCAGCACAGGGACAGGGGAGAAGGAGCAGAGUAUAGAUGACAUGCACAGUGCACCAGUGACGUGGUUAGGAUUUGAUCUCAGUAACAGGUACUUGUUAACUGCGGGUGAUAAACACAUCCACGUAAUGCAUAAUGUGGCUGGGUACAAGGCAACCAUAGUAGACCUGAAGGAGAAGGAGAAGAAAGCUACCAGUCAAGCCAUGAAGGAGAGGAUACGGCAGCAAAUAGAGGAAGCAAGGGAAAGGUUGCAGACAAUUAUGGGGGAGGCAAAUGGAACAGCUGUAGGAAAAUGACACGAUUGGUGACUACUCUGAGGACAUUAACAACAUGCAAAUGCACCUGGCUGUUCUUUCAACACCCCUGCUCAGGACAAUUCAUACCUUGGAAAAGUGUUUUCUGCACUUUAAAGUAUACGAAAUAAAUGUUUUCCUUAAUUUAAGGAUAAAUUGUAUGAAAUUGACACUUAUGUCUCAGGUUUUUUGGAACCUAAGCCUAAAUCAUCUUGUUAUAGGUGUAUUUACAUAACAUAUGUUUAUUGUUCAGCUGCUGAAUCUGAAUAGUAUAUUAAUCCUGUUUGUUAAAAUACCAGCAGUGCUAUUCUCCUUGUAGAAAUUGUGAAUUCUGUCUUACCAUAACAAUCUACAUCAGCAGUGAUCACUGCUAAUCAUCAUUUUGCUGCAAUCAGAUUUGUAUAAUUCUAUAUUUAUAUGUAGGUGCAGUUCAUUUACAUGGCGUUGAAGUAAAAGGUGCAUAUUUAUUUUUAAGUAAAAGUGGCAGAUGGCAUGCAUGUUGGUAUUCACAAUAGAAAUUUCCGCCAUUUGUGUCAUUGUUAUGCACAAUCCUUAAUUCAGUCUCUUACAUGCUGAUUACAUGCUGCAAAGUUUCAUUCAGGUUUGUCUAAAUUAUUCCAUGGGUAACUUACUAUUAUUUAACUGUGAAAUCCAAUAUAAUAUUGUUUGAAAUUCUGUUAAAAAGACUGUCAUUCAAGUUUGUAUUUGGAACAUAUUUCUAUUUCUUCUUACGUGACGUAAAAGCAUCGUCAAAAGAAGAUUUUAUUUUAUUGACCGGUGCUAAAAGCCAAUUAUUUCACUUCCAUCAAACUGUCACUGCCAUGGGUGAAGGAAAGCCGAAGAAAACCACAAACCAUUUGUAAGUAACUGACGAAUUUCCUCCACAUCUGGGACCCAGACUUUCACCUCAAGUGAUGUCCCAAAAACGUCAUGUACGACGACGCGAAUGGCUUAACAUGUAAAUCCGGAUUAUUUUAGAUUUACUCUAGGAUCAAACCCAGUCGGGUGAUACCAAAGACUUAAAACAUGACACUUGUUGGCACUCACCUCUGAGAGGUUAGGACAAGGAAACUGGACUGGUGGUUGGCCCUUGUCGGUAUAAUGUGGCUGGAUGAGGUGUCCUGUCUGGUGCCUUCAGCGUGACACUUCAGUGGCGGCAGCGCUUUGGCGGCUUGGACUCAUGGUCAUGUGACUGGAAAAUUGUUAAGUAGGGCGUAAAACGCUAAGUAUACAUAUACAUUAGAUUUACUCUAAUGGGUAUGUCAACUUUUGGUUUUAUCAACGAAUGUAUUACUUUCUAUCGUCCGGUUGUCUCAGCUGUAGUUUCCUGUCUGUACCUGACAAUGUGCGGCGAUUUCUCUCGGCUCUCCACUUUCAUCCACCAAUUAAAUCAGCCCGCCAUUAUUUAAGUGGCACGUUUUAGAGUACGAUGUGAAACAUCGAUGGAAUAAAAAAAUUAAAUACUUUCUUCAUAUGUCGGCCGAAUUACAGAGAUGGUAAGAUGAUCUUGUACGGAAUGUCGGGCAUCAUGAAUAAACAUCCACGCAUAUGCUCCACGUCCAUACGUCUGUCUGCUACAUUCAUGUGUUACAUUCAUGUGUUACAUUCAUGUGUUACAUUCAUGUAUGAUAAAUAAUAUGUUAAUACACCUA